AUGCCGGCGCUUCGCUGCCUCGGUCGCGCGUGGCGCAUCGCCUCGGACGAGCUCGUGCUUCCGGGCGUCUCCGGGAUGCUCCUCUGCCUCGCGUGGAGCAUCGUUUUGCUGGUUCUCCUCCCAGGAACACAGCUGGAGAGCGCGCCGGGCUGCCAGACCCCGAUCGACUGGUUCGGCGUCACUCUCGUGAUGACCAUCACACUCCUGCUCUCCGUCGCGGCGCUCGGGUGGCUCGCGUACGAGUCCUCGCGAGGCACCGUCUUCGAGGUCUCCAAACGCAAGCGCGUCCCCUGGGCGAUCUACGUCCUCUGCUGCCUCUGUCUGACCCUCAUGGCGACGCUGCUGGCGGCCACGGCGUCGUUCGUCGGCGACAUCGACCUGGAAGCCUGCCUGCAGCGCAACGGCGCGGUGGCCCGCGCGCUGGACCCGAUCGUGAUGUUCCUCGUCGUGGUGAUCGGGUCCUGGGUGUUCGUAGCCGGCGCGGUCGCGACGUUCCUCCUCGCCUACUCCUUCCGCCACCACGCGGACAGCAACGAGGGCUGGCGACGCCGCGUCCACUGCUACGCGCGCAUCUGCGGCUGGCAGCUGCCCCGGAAUGCGGAGUUCGCGGAGGCGCACUCGACGAUCGAGGAGUGGGAGCGCGAGGGUCCCGCCGCGGCGAUGGUCGCCGAGGAGUCCUCCGCGACGGCCACGAACCGCGCACUGGAGCGGCUGGCGGCGAUCGCCGUCGCCGUCCUGGGCGGGGGCGACCUGGUGCUGUCGGACGCCGUGACGAUGCUCCGACUGGUCGCGGUGCAGCAGAACGCCGAUACGCAGCGCGCGCCGUGGAACAGGAGCCUCUGGAAGAGCGACUGCGGCGACAGCACCCCGGGGGCGUUGCCCGACACUAGGAGCGCGUUCACGUCCCGCGUGGCCGAGGUGGGGGAGGCGGCGGGGGCGGAGCGGGUGUGGCAGCGGAGGGGAACGGACGAGUCGCAAGCCUGGAAGCGGUCAGUCUCAGGACUGGCCAGCGACGGCGGGGCGAGCAAAACGCCCCGGGGGUCGCUGCAUGGCGCGCUGGGGGCCGUGGUGCGGAAAUGGCGACGGAAGUCCAAGCCGUGGCAAGACUCCGGCGCCGAGGGACACAAGCGCAUCGACGGGAAGGAUCUGUCGUCGACCCGGCCCGAGGCGGUCGUCCCGGAGGCGCGACGAUACAUGGCGUAUGCUGAAGCUAUUUACGGCGCCCCGCUGCAGAUGUACAAGGCCGGGGUGAUGAACUGCGCGUGCUGCGGCGUCGCAGCGCAUCUGUGCUGCCGCGCAGUGUGCGCAGACCCCUGCGCGGGCCGCGGGGACGGCCUGGAUGAGCCGGCGCAGCGGGGCAUCAUGAUCGAAGCGAUCCUGCAGGCGGCGCGCAUGAGGCGACAGGAUCUGCUUUUUGUGUCGCAGGCCAACAGCGCACUCGGACAGGUCCCGUUCCUCAUCGCGCUGGACUGGCCGACGAAGAGCGUGGUCGUGGCCAUCCGCGGCACUGGCUCCGUCGCCGACGCCAUCACGGACAUCAUGUGCGACACCACAUCCCUUGACGUCAUUGAUGACGUGGCGAGAGACGCUGGCCUCCUGCGCGACGACGGAAACGCAGCCAGCGGGCCCGCAGCGCAGGCUGCGGCGCGCUCGGACGCUAGCGGCACGUCGUGGCGGUCUGCUGAGAGCUUCCACGUGGACCUCGAGGAAGGGCGUUCCGGCCGGCGCGCGCGGUUCGCCGAGCCCGACACCGCGGGGGAGUCUAACUGCGUCUGUCAGGCGGGCGACGCGGCCGAGCCGCGCUACGGCCACGCGGGCUUCGUCGCCGUCGCGCGCAACAUCCUCCGCGCGCUGCUCUCGGGCGGUGUCCUCCAGGACGUCCUCGGGGGGGGUCAGUCUUUUGUCCCCCCCCACGACGACCCCGCGUUCGCCGGGCCGAACGCCCCCGCCGCCGUCGGGGAGCCCCACGGGUGGCGCCUCGUCGUCACGGGCCACUCCCUCGGCGCCGGCAUCGCCGUGCUGCUCUCCACCACCCUCCACAGACUCCACCCGACGAUGGUGUGCUUCGCAUACGGCACGCCAGCGGCCACGAUCGACCCCGCGACGUCGCGCGGGCAGGCCUCCCACGUCGUCUCCGUCGUCGCCGGCAAGGACGUCGUCCCGCGCCUCAACGUCGCGACCGUGCGGCGCCUCCGGCUCGACAUGGUUGAGGCGGGUGCACGCAUGAAGAUGAACAAGACGCGCGUCCUGCUCGCGACGCUCCGAGGCCGGCGCAUCCCGUACGCAGAGGCCUUCCGGAGCGACGAGGACGUCCCCGCGGAGGCCCGCGCGGCCUUGCGGGAGUUCCGGGAAGACGUGUUGCUCAACCCUGGGCGGUCGGACGCACAGCUGGAGGAGACGCUCCUGCGGCCGCUGGUGCCCGGCGGACGCGUGCUCUUCCUGCAGCCGCUCAAGGACGUCCGCCCCGGGAUCCUCCCGCGCGUGCGGUCGAGCCUGGCCAGCCUGCGCCCGUCGCGGAGUGGCGCGCCGUCAACGCACGGCGGGGUGCGGCAGAGCGCGUCCGGGGUGCAGGACGGGCCGAUGCGGCCCGUGGACUCCGCGCAGAACAGCCGCGUGGAUCCGGAGCAGCCGGACACGCCGGGCGCUGGGCAGCGAGGCAAGCGGAAUGCGUUUGUGCCGCGGUGGCUCGAGGCGCGGGAGCUGACGGAGCAGGGCAUCCAGCUGAGCCCGCGGAUGCUGUGGGACCACUUCCCGCACUUCUACGCCGAGGCGCUGCAGAAGUGCGUCUCGGACGUGCCGGCGGUCGUGCGCCCGAUGUCGCUUGACGCACCAAAGAUGGCCGCGCCGCCUGCGGACGCGUUCCGCGCGCGGUGA